AAUUCUUUAUUAUUUUAUGCUUGCAAUAACAACUGUUCUAAAUGGAACAUAACCGACCGUUGCAUCUUGCAAGUUGUAGCUGUCAAUUUUUGCGCCAAUUCUGUUAUUUUCGUUUCGUUUGAUGGUUUCUAUGUUAUUUUCUUUAUUUUGUUCGUGAAUAUCACGAUUACAACAUACCUACAGUACAACCCAGCAAGAAGCACCAAAGCGACGAUGCAGGGCGCGGUGACGCCUGAAGGCGGUCGUCGCACGCGCGCCGCUCUGGCCGAGAUCCCGGGCUUCCUGGACCGCCUGCGCGUCACGCCGCUCCAGUCUAUCGCCAACACGCGGGACCUGUCCCCCGGCCUGCCGCCAGGGUAUCUGAGCCCGGCCGCCUCGCCUGACGAGUUGCUUAUACAACAGAGAGGCCGCCGACGUCUGCCUGUAACGUGGUCGCCCGACAUAGAAGUGCGACGGAAUUCAUCCUUCCAUUCAAUCGUGAGGACUCCACCAAAAAACACCCCAAGCCGCCUCUCACCCCCAAAAUUAGGGGUUACUUUACGAUCAACACCACGUAAACGAUUACUACUUGGCGAUACCGAAAGAGUACCUUUUACACCGGAAAAAAUAGAUUUCAGCGACAUCAGCACUCCUCAAAAAUUCAAAUUAACAAGUCCUGUAAAAGGUACCCCUCCUAACAAAAGAUCUAGGAUUGAAAAGACUUGGGACAAAGAGAUUAAAGGGCCUAUUGACACUGCCUUAAAAGGGUUGAGCCCUAGCCAGUUGAUUCAUAUAAUCAAAAAUAUUACGUACAAGUAUCCUGAAGUUGAGGAGGAAUUGAGAAAAGAUAUGCCGGCUCCAGACCUCACACCUCUCGAAGAAAAGAUGAGCUACUUAAAGUGUAAUAUUUUCAAAAGCCUACCAACAUCCCGCCUCACUUCCAAAACAGAUUCUCCUGCUUAUUCCCGCGCUUCCACUCAUUUGGCAGCAUUUAAAAAGUGUAUUGUCGAUCAAGGAAAAUUCCUAGUUGAGUCACAACACUGGGAAUCUGUAAUACAGUAUGUAUUUCUUGCUUGGAGCUAUGUAAAAGCAACCCCGGUUUGGGACAAUCAACCACACAAUAACACCAGAAAACAAUGCUUUAAAGCGUUGAACAAUUUUUGUUUAACCGCAUUGAAGAAAGGAAAUUUUGAUCCCGAUUUCUUAGCUGAUGUCCAAGACAAGAUACAAGGCUUGGCCGCUGAUAGUGAAGAAGUUCAAUCGUGCCUUAAAUACCUCCAGGGACAGCUGAAAGAUUUCUAAAUACAGACUGCACUACCAAUUCAGGAUGGAAGGACUUAGACUUAUUAAUUUUCAUCAUAAACCACGAAAUCAAACAAUACGAAUUUGGUCCUUCAAGCCAGAUUACUUGAUUGAAAUGUUUUUUAAUGUAUCUGGAUAAACUACUUAAGCCACAUAUUCGUAUGUCAUCCCGCGUGUUCAACCCUCUUAAAUUUCCCUUCGUAUUCUGGUAAGUCAAUUAUGCAAGUUUUUAUGUAACAAUACAUAAAAUUACUGUAUAUUAGGAAAUUAAAACUAAUUACUGUAACGUAAUUAAAUAUAUUUGUUACAUCUAUUUUGAAAUAUUUGAUAUCGUAAAACACUUUGUUUUUUAAAACAUCCCAGUUAUUUUGAAGAAAGUUGUUUUUGCUACUUUUUUAAACCAGGUGUUCUUAGUAUUAAGUCUUGCGUACCUUAUGUUUGACUGAUUGUGAAAGGAAUCAAAUUAAUAUUUGUAGAGUAAUUAAAUGGUCUUCCAUAAUUAUAUGGAACGCAAUAUUUGAUUCUUUUCAUUGUAGCUGUGAACAUACCAAAUUUCCCUACUAUAAUUAUAUUUAGUUCAAUUAAGGUUUAAUUACCUAAAGUGCUAAUUAACGGUCAAUAAAAGCUACUUUUUGUUAAUAGCUAUUGUAAUACGGAAUGAACUAUAUCCAUUUUUGUGUUUCAUUUAUGAAGUAAUAUGAAUUGCUUUGAUUUGUAAUAAAGUUAGGAUUAAUUAUCGUUUCAAUAAAUAAUAUUAGUUGCUUUAUGUGAUUGAAGUUUGCCAUUGUACCUAUAUACUUAUAUUUUUAUAGUCUUCAUAUGUUUUGUGUUUAUGUAUAAUUAUCUUUUGAUGUUUUAGCAUACAUCAACAUAAUAACUUUAUAUCACGAAUAAUUUACAGCAGUUUUCAAUAAACGAUCCCAAUCUCAAUCUUCAAUCCGAUUCCGAGAAUGAACCAAUGGAAAUAACUAAUUUGUAAACAUGUCCAAAAUACUUUGUUCUGAUUGGUCCAUUUUUGAGAUAGCUCAAUAGAAGGGAUUGGGAUCGUUUAUUGACAAUGGCGGUUAGUGAAUUAAAAUGUAAUGUAAAUAUUUUUGUUAAUUUACAUUUUUAAGGCUCGCGAAAGCGCAUUGAAAUUUAGGAUUUCUGCAGUUGGUACUUGUAUUUUUUGUUAUGCUGCAUUCAUUUGAAGAUACAUGUUAAAAUGAAAUAUUGCGUAUAAAUCUUACCUGUUUAUAAGCCCAACUAUAUAACUUACGUAUAAAAUAACAUAUAAUUAUGUCUCCUAAAUGUGCCUUGAAAAAAUCUUAGAUGUAAAAGUUUUACAUGUGAAUGUUCGAUGUGUAAAUCGAAACGACACAUGGUACAUAUUGUUUAACCCUUAAUUUGAUAAUGUAUGCCCCAACAUACAUCAACUUUAAAAAAAAUAUUUUGUAUUAGAAAAUACAUAAAUAACGUAAAAUUAUAUUUUUAUCACCUUGCAACCUAAACAACUUUUAGUAGAAAAUAUAAAACAGGUAUCUGGUAUCACUAGUUUUGACAUUAGUUGACGAAAAUGGCGUACCGGCGGCCGUCAGCUGUUCUCUCCAAGUUAUUUAUAUAAUUUUAUUGAUUAUUACCCAGUUUGGGAAAAGUUUCACGACUGAAUCCUAUGCUUGAUAUCAUGAUUAUAUAAUUUGUCUAAUAAGUUUGCAGUUCUAACUUCUUACAUUGGUGUUAUUUUGGAUAUUAACAUGAUGUAUGCUGUGACAUACAUUGCCAAGUUUGUAAAAAAAUACCCCUAUUUAAUUUGUAUGUCAGGGCAUACAUUGCCAAUUUUAGGGUUUUGCUUUGCUUAGUUUGUAUAUUAGCAUUUUUUUCUUUGUCUGCAGCAAAAGCUUGAAACUCGUGGUGGUAGAAUUUUAGCGCUUGUCCCUGCUCAAAAUGCACCCUCUGAUGAUAGUGAACAUUCUGAUAUUGAAGACGAAAUACGUGUGCACACACCGCUUUUCAUGUCUAGCUCCUCUGCACCCUCAAUUGAUAGCUCUUUAGAAAGACUUAAUCUUCUAGAUGAUGAAGACCCCACCAGCGAAAAUGUUCGCCUUACACCAAUUUUCCAAAAUGUUUAUUCAAGCCCAUCUCUAGAACCGAAUUUUAGUCAAGUACCAGUACUGAGUGAUAUUCCCUCAUUUCCCGCAACGCCUGCAACCCCUGCUACUCCUGCAACUGCUACACUAAUUGCACCUAAUGCACCCCCCUGGUUUGGUAACACCUAGCAUGUCGACGAAUGCCUCCUCCACAUCACGUAUUUCCAGAAAAACAAGAUCACAACGUCCCACUGUUCAUGUUGCUAAACGGCCUAGACGAAUGCAAAAGUUUACUCUUAGUUAUAAUUGGAAAAAAGCUGUGUUUCGACAUGUGGCUUCUAUAGAACAGGAAUCGGAACCUAUCGGGAGCAUCACAGUCCUAACUCCCCUGGAGUAUUUCUACAAGUUUUUUUCCCCAGACAUUUUGACAGAUAUUGUCGAACAAACAAAUACGUAUGCAAUAUCUCAAACUGGACCUACUCUGGGUUUGACUGAAGACGAAUUACAGGAUUUUUUAGCGAUUCAUAUCAUUAUGGGUGUUGUAAGCAUGCCGUCUUAUACUGAUUAUUAGAGUUUGCGAUAUAGAUACAAACUUGUGGCUGAUUUGAUGCCACUAAAACGUUAUCAACAAAUACGUCGUUUUUUACAUUUUGUUAACAAUGUACAAGAUUCUGACAGAUACUAUAAAGUUAGACCGUUAGCGCAAAAAAUAAGAGACAAUUGUUUAGCUCAAGAAAAUAAAAGGAGAUUCAGCAUCGAUGAGAUGAUGAUCCCAUACAAAGGGACAAAAGCAAGUUUCGUAACUGGCAAAAAUUCCCGUAAUUGUCAACUAGAUUACCAUGUGCCUACGUAAUUUCUAUGUAUUUUUUUAUAAAAAUAAAUAAUAAAUAUAAUAGUUGUUUUUUUUUUACAUACGUAGUCAGUACCUACAGUAAUUGGCAAUGUAUGCCCCUGCAUACAACACAUUUACGGUUUAUAUUCUUGAGUAGUUGGCGGUGUAUGUUGUGGCAUACAUGAGUUUUCAGGAAAACCAAGCUUUUCAGAUUUUUUUUCAAAUUUUUCUAUAGUCGUUUUAUGUGUAUAAAUAACAUUUCUGAUGACAAAAUUCAGGUUUUAUAGUAUUUUAUACUUUGCCAAAUUAAGGGUUAACAGUAAAGAAAAACACUAAAAAUGCAUUGUGCCUUCAGCUAUUGUCAUUGACAAAAUAUCAUAAGAUAUUGUUAGUAUAGUUUUAUUGUUAAGUAUUCCUUUUUGGUAAAUAAAUGGUAUUUUCAUAUA